AUGAAAAAGGAGGAAGAACAAUCGGAAAAUAUAUUCAAGGAGCUCGACACCCCAAUCACCACGGAACAUCUUAAUAUGGCAAUCUCUCUAGCCAAUAACAAUUCCGCCCCAGGAUUAGAUAGAAUCAGCAACAAUAUGCUUGAUUACCUUCCGUCUGAAUACAGAGAGCUACUAGUCGAUCUUUUCAACAGUUUUCUUCAAGAGGGAGUCAUCCCCACCGAAUGGAGAUCUUCUUUAGUAAUUUUCAUACCCAAAGCCGUCUUUCUGGACAUUACAGGCGCUUUCGACAACAUUCUGCCCUCAGCUGUGCUUGACGAACUGAAAGAUGCUGGCGUUCCGGCUACCAUUAGAAAAUUUAUAGAAAAUCUAAUCGUCGAGAGAUCGGUGCAGUUCUUGGAACAAGGUAAUUUGGGCGAAAAACGGAUAUCGUACAAAGGUACCCCGCAGGGCUCAGUGCUGAGCCCCUUACUUUUCAAUAUCGCCCUCUGCAAGAUUGGAUCCUGGAAACCUGCACUUGGAAUAUCUUGUGAAGAAAGGAAAGGCUCUAGUCAACAUCACCUCUACUCUCACGGGGCUGUAUGGUGGGGCUCUCAUCCCCACUGUUUACUUACCAUAUAUCGAUCAGUUUUUAGGGGAGCUAUAGAAUAUGCAUGUUCAAUUUUCACAUGGAAGGGUAAUGCAGGAGUUUUCCAUCAACUCGAAAGGUUACAAUACAAGGCCAUCAGGUUGUCCAUGGGAUAUCGCUUGUCUACUCCUAUAAAUGUCAUGCUGUGCGAGGCGAAAGAAUACCCCUUAAGACUGAGAUUUAAUCUCCUCAAAUCCAACGAUAAUGAAAUUAUUCAGUCUUUCAACGACAGGCUGCAAGAAUUAGACCCAUCCGGUCUCACCGUUUACACAGACGGAUCAAGGAUAACGGAAGAUGGAUGUGCGGGCGCGGCCUUCUUCUCGCCGGAACUUGGACAUUGCUUCAAAUACAAGCUGACUCGCAGCGCCUCAGUGUUUACUGCGGAAGCUUGGGCAAUAUAUCAAGCCCUUAUUUUGACGUUAGAUGCGGGUUAUUCUAAGAUUUACAUUUUUUCAGACUCCCGCAGUGUACUACAAGUCAUCUCGUCUCACAGAUUGAUUAACGGUAAUUAUAUUAUCCACAAAAUAAAGCAAACUCUGCUUCAAUUGGAACACAAUAACAUCGACUGUUCCCUCUUUUGGAUUCCUUCGCAUAAGGGCAUCUUAGGCAAUGAGCUGGCUGAUAAGGCAGCCAAAGAGGCGUGUGUUGACGGAGCUAGAGGUUUUUUCCGUACCCCCUACUCAGAUCUUCAGGUUCAGGCAGUAGCUAAGGCCCGUGUUCGUUUCACGGAUUAUUUGAACGACAAGGCUAUUCACACCGGAACUCACUACCACUCGUUAUAUUUCUCGUCUACGACUGUUAAACCUUGGUAUUUCAAAAAGAAACUCACCAGGAGCGAAAUAGUAUUGAUUAACAGAUUAAGGUCAAAUCAUUACAACCUCAACUAUAGCUUGUUUAGGAAAAAUAUGGUGCCGUCUCCGGCUUGUGAAUGUGGAGAUCCUAGACAAGACCUUAACCAUACAGGCUAA